UCGACCAAAGACAAGACGAUGGACAAAGACAAAGACGAACAGAUGUUGACGUCCAAACUGUCGCAGAUCAGAAAGAGACUGAGAGACCUGCUGGAUGUGAAGAAUCCUCCAAGAACCAAGAGGACCAAGAUGGAGUAACAGGGUGGCAGGCUGUGACUGACAACUGGAGGCCCCGCCCACACAGUAUAUAAGGAACCCUGGCGCUGCUUCAGAAGCGUCCUGAGUCCAGAUGGGUGUCCAGGAGGUGACGGAGGGGAGCCAGCCGAGGGUGGAGGUGAACAUCCUGCUGCUGGGAGCUCACAACGUCGGCAAAUCCGCUCUGACUGUCAGAUUUCUAACCAGAAGAUUCAUCGGAGAAUAUGGAGACAUCGAAUCGGUUUACAGUCGAGUUGAUACAAUCGAUGGUCAAGAAAUCUGCUUCAACAUCUGGGACUCUCAGUUUACACAGGUGGGAGAGAAGAGCUGCGGUGUGAGCGACAAGCAGCUGCAGUGGGCUGACGGGAUGAUCCUGGUUUACGACAUCUGUGACCGCAGCAGCUUCGACGUGGCGCUGCAGCAGCUGCAGGAGAUCCGCCGCCGCCGGAAGCCGUCCUCCGUCCCUGUAGUCAUCGUGGCCAACAAGCGCGACCUGCGACGCCACCGCAGCGUCUCCGGCGAGGAGGGCCGUCUGCUCGCUCUGUCGCAGCGCUGCGGCUUCUUCGAGGUGUCUGCGGCCGAGACGUACCACGGAGUCCUGCUGGUGUUCCACCGGCUGGUCGACCUGGUCCGGGAGCGCCGGGCGCUCAGGAAGAGCUCGGCCGGCGUCCGUGGCAUCGUCAGGAGUGUGUCAGCCGUGUUCGGGAAGAAACGGGCCGAGUAGAGGCGCCGCUUUUACCAAUUCUGAUAAGGUGGAGGCUUCAGUCUGAUGGAAGGUCGGAGGUGGACCGCGCAGGUGGAGAGUCGACAGGAAGGUCACAGGAAGUCGAGUUUGGUUUCAGAGGCUGAUUGAACAGAUAAAAGCAGAUAAACGUCGACGCCCAUCAGAGGACAUGAGGAUCAGUUCGUGCUCCUCAGAGGAUGAAUCCUGCUCUUCUAGAAGUUUCAUUUUAGCACCAAUAUGAAGCGUGAUAGACAUAAAAUGUGCUUCAGACAUUUGUGCUCCCCUGAGGAUGAACUGCAGGAACUACUGACAUCCCUCCAGCCUCAGAUAACCAGCUAAUGCUAGCAUGUUAAAUGCUAAACCAUUAGCUGCCUUCAAAGUAAACAUGAGUGUGACAGUAAGCAACAUUUAUUCUGAUGAACCAAUCAGCUGUUUGGUUCUAAAAUCUGAGUCAGUUUUCUCAAAUGUCUCUUUUAGUCCAAAUAUGUUUAGUUUACUGUCAGAGAGGAAAGAAACCAGAAAAUAUUCACACUGAAGAAGAGUUUUAGAUAAAUAUCUGGUCAGUAAUUACUAGCUGGUAACUGUUGAGUUAAACAACUCAACUGUUUUCUAGGUUUAGAUGUGAUUCAGAGCUUUGUGCUGCUGGUUUAAAUGGUCAGAAUAUUAUUUGAUAGAAAUAAUAAUAAACUCUUCAGGUGAACCUGUUUGAAGGCAGCUAGCAGUGAACAUGAUUCAUGUCCAAACCUUUAAAAAACCUUGUCUUUAAGAAACAUGCUGCUCCUCAGAGGAUGAACCAUCCAGAGUGAAAUAAACCCUGCAGCCUUUAGGAGGCGCUAACAGCUCAUUAAGACAUUUUCAUUGACAAAGAAAAUCUCUGGUCUUUACUGAAGACUUAAAUCUGCUGUACAAAAUGAUUUUUUCAACUCCGAGGUCUUUGUUUUCAUGUUUGUUCCAGUUUUUGUGUUUAAAACUGAGCAUUGAAUAUUUCAGAGUUUCUGCAGAUUACAUUUAACAUCUAAUUUAUUAUCUGAAUACAACCAGCAGGAUGAACUGGUUUAAUGUCACUGGACUCUGAAUAAAAUGAUUCUCUUCAGAGUUUUGUGAAGAAUUUUCAGGAAAGUGACUUCAGACCUGCAGAAACUCCUUGCUCAGUUCACUCCUGACUGUAAAUAAAUCUGUAUUUAUUCUGAAACAAACGUGGAUGUUUGAACUUUUAGUUUUUCAUGAAUUAAAAUCGGAUUGAACAAAGUGAA